GCUGGCGGUUUGUGGGAGAAAAUGGCGCCGAGCCGGAGUAAGAGUCCGGCUAUGAGGAGGAAAAACAAUGUGCUGAGGAGCUUAUAUCGGCUAAAGAUAACCGGCCAGUUCUCUCAUCGAAUGUUUCAAAAUUUACCACCCAUUCUUUGUGUCCCCUUGAAGAACAUUGUGGAUGAUGAUUUUUUACUAGCUGGCCAUAUAUUCCUUGGUUUUACAAAAUGUGGUAGGUAUGUGCUGUCCUACACCAGAGAUGUGCCAGAGCAAGAGUUUGAUGAAUUACCCCACUAUGUGUACUAUCUGUACUGGUGGAAGUUCAACAUCCAUGAUAAGUUGAAAAAGGUUAGGCAAGUGCAUCUUUUCAAAGAUCAGGAAGUAUACAGUGACCUGUAUCUAACUGUCUGUGAAUGGCCAUCAGAUCCCUCAAAGCUUAUUGUGUUCGGGUUCAACAUUCGGUCGGUAAAUGAUCUGCUGAUAAAUAUGGUUAUGAGUGAUGAAAACGACAGAGAUAUUUAUAUUACAACUGUUGCCACACCACCAUUUGUACUGUGUCCCGACUGCAGAGAUAUGGCUUUGCUUAACACAGGUGAACAGAACGCCUAUUGCCUGCAGCACGGCUUCAUGCUUCACACCAAGUACCAGGUGGUGUAUCCCUUUCCCACGUUCCAGCCUGCUUUCCAGCUCAAGAAAGAUGGAGUAGUGUUACUUAACACCAGCUACUCCCUGGUAGCAUGUGCAAUAUCUGUAAAUACGACAGGUAAAACGGGACAAGUACUGUACAGCAAAAGCAGUGAAAAUGAUGAAACUCCAGUCGAUCGUGAAGUGUACCCUGAAAAUUUCAUUUCAGCAGAAUGGAGCAGUGUAUCUUCUAAUUGUAACUGUGAAGGUACUAAAUGUACAUUGUGCAGCCAAAAAACACUGGACUUCACCUCUAACUUGGCAGAUGCUAACAACUGCAGGCAUACUGAAAACUGUUCAGAGGAAAUGUUGAGCUGGGAACAUGAAGCCUAUGAGCACACUGUUGUGGCAGUGUGUAACCCUGCCCACUGUGACCAAACUACUGCUGCAGGCAAAGCAAAGGAAUUUGCAGCUGACAUCUUCAGGCGAGCUAGAGCUGCUACCAGCACUCCAGAAGUAAUGGGAGGUUUAGACAUACAAAAGGAAGAUGUGAUACAAAGGAAACUUGCAGAAGACUGCCUCAAUAUCCUUAAUCCACAAAGAAGUGGAUCUUCAGAAAUCCAUCCUUCCUUCUCCUGUGAACCCAGAUUAGAGAUCCAGUGUUCUAGUUGUGUUGCAGACACUAAUGGUUAUGCAUUAAGUACCAAUGAAUCACAUUCACUUGUUUUGGGGUGCAAUUGUACCACCCUUAGGAAACCCAGCCUAGACAGUGGUGUACCAUCUGCUCAAAUAAGAACUGAAGGAACAAGUGAAUUUACACUGAAUGAAUCUCGUGUAAUGGAUAACACUGGCAACCAGCAGCAGGAAACUGGACAAACAGACCCCGGUUAUGUGAACUACAUAAAGCUGCACUAUGUUCUGGAGCCCACUGGCAUGGUGGUAGAUGAUGAAGGAAAUGAUGAUAAGAUCUCAUUGCCUUUUGUGGUGACUGACCUGAGAGGAAGGAAUCUGAAACCUUUUAAAGAAAAUGCCUUGUAUCAGGGAAAGUACCUCACUGUAGAGCAACUGACACUUGACUUUGAAUACGUUAUUAAUGAGGUUAUAAGGAAUGAUGCUUCGUGGUCAAAACGCUACUGUUCCUUUAGUGAUUAUGAUAUUGUAAUCCUUGAGGUAUGCCCUGUAACUAACCACGUCAUCAUUAACAUAGGAUUGCUGCUCUUAGCAUACCCUCCAGAUGAGGAAGGGCAAGUAAGACCCAAGGCAUAUCAUACUUGUUUGAAGGGUGCAUGGAACCUAAAUACGGGCAUCUUUGCAACUGUGGGUGUUGGAGACUUGACUGCUGUCCAGGGUCAAACAAGUGGCAGUGUUUGGAGUACCUUUCGGAAAAGCUGUGUUGAUGUAGCGAUGCGAUGGCUAGUCCCCGAAAGUACCUUUCGCAAUGUGAACAGAAUGACGAAUGAAGCCCUGCAUAAAGGUCGCUCCUUGAAACGCCUAGCAGAUAGCGGACGCUGUAUGUGGAUUGUUCUGUAGCUGUGGGUCACCAUCGUUUGUUCAGACAACAAAUUUUAAAGGGAAGAAUCGAGAGACCAUCUUUCAAGAACAAAGCCAGCUGCAAAUACAUUGAAGAUUUUAAGACUUUAAAUUUUUUUAAAAGCUACCUCUUUAGUCAAAUUUUUGUUUCAGUCAUUCCUUUUCAAGCCAUUAAAUAAGGCCAAAUCUUUGGAGAUUUUAGGAAUAAGAAUUUAUCUUCCAAGAGUGUACACGACAUUGAAUAGUUACUUUUAUUUUUUGUAGACUGGUACUUAAUUUACAAGUAUUGAACAUGCCUUCACUGAAGUUUAACAUCUUUGAUGUCUGUAUUACCUCAGUAUAUAAUUUAGAACCUUUAGUUAUGUUGAUAUUAAUGUCUUUGGAGAUUACCAGGACACUUUGCUGGUUAUUUUUCUUGUUAGAAACGCCGUUUAACCUUUAACAUUAUUUAGUGUUUAGUUUGAAAAUGCAAAGAACUGGUUACAUUCCUUCCUUGAAUCCUCCCAGUUCAUGGCUUUCUGACUGAGAAUGCUGCUUGUCAUUGGACACAAGACAGGUUCUUCACAGCAGCUAACCACCUUCAGAAUUCGUUAGUGGGGCUGGUUGUUCCGGUUACAGAAUCACGGAUGAUGAGCAAUGUAACCAGUUUCCAUAUCAAGCUGUUGCUAAGUAAGAAUAUAUUCCUCUGAUUUUUAAUAAAGGAGAGACAGAAGCUCAGUGUAAAUAGUCUGCUGUUGGAAAUAUAAUAAGUGAAUGUCAGUAUUGACUGAGUGUAGAUUGGGCUGAGUUCACGAGUGAUUAAAGCGCAGAUGGCAUCAGGAACUGUGGCCAGUGAAAUCAGAAGACAGAAAAUGGAUUGGCAAGUUUUACAGCCAGGAUAUGCACUAAACAUUUACCUCAAAUGGUUCUCUUUUGAUAGGAGCUAUAAAAUUAAUUCGGUGUUGCAAAACAGGGUCUUUUUAAAUUUAUUAAUUUUCUGCUAGAGAGACAAAUUUGACACCAAAGUAAGUGAGAGGAAAUGGGUGGAUUUUUAUCUAGACAUGGCCUAAAUACAUGACUCUAACAAUCCAACAAAGAUGCGUAGAUCACACAAGAGAUAGCAGAUUCUAUCUGAAAACAAACUCAUUUCUUUCCCAUGCUAUCUUAGUAAGUGAGUCAUCAGGGGUGGGGUGGGUAGUACGUGUGAGUAUGGUUUUAAAAUUACUAGCUCUGUGAAUUACUACAUCUGAUAUUGACCCAAUGCAGUUUCUUCCCCGCCCAUCCAACUUUUCAAGUGAACCUCCCUGUCUUGUCUUCAAUAUCAAGCAACACCUGCCCAGCUUGAGGCUCAGUCCAGUAUUGCUGAAGCUUAACAGAGAACUGGAGAAGGCUUGGACCAUCCAGUCAACCCCACUAGUAUCUACUGGGAAGUCCACUUCUGGAAUGUACAAAGUAAAGGAAAAUUUCUCUUAAACUGCAGCUUCAAUGAUGUAGUGGAAAGGUCUGACAAAGGUUGCCCACUAAUCUGACAAGACUCUUCCAGUCCAACCCUGUUACCAAUCAGUACAAAGCCUCUCAAUUUACAGCAGUAAGUCUGUUGUUGUAUAAUUUGACUCCAGGUUCUCUGUGUCCACAGUUGUCUGAAUCAAGUUGGCUCUGUUGUGUUAACCAUAUAACAAUCACAGCACGGAAACAGGCCAUCUCGGCCCUCCUAGUCCGUGCCGAACUCUUAAUCUCACCUAGUCCCACCUACCCGCACUCAGCCCAUAACCCUCCACUCCUUUCCUGUCCAUAUACCUAUCCAAUUUUACCUUAAAUGACACAACUGAACUGGCCUCUACUACUUCUACAGGAAGCUCAUUACACACAGCUAUCACUCUCUGAGUAAGGAAAUACCCCCUCGUGUUUCCCUUAAACUUUUGCUCCCUAACUCUCAAAUCAUGUCCUCUCGUUUGAAUCUCCCCUACUCUCAAUGGAAACAGCCUUUUCACAACAACUCUAUCUAUCCCUCUCAAAAUUUUAAAUACCUCGAUCAAAUCCCCCCUCAACCUUCUACGCUCCAAUGAAUAGAGACCUAACUUGUUCAACCUUUCUCUGUAACUUAAGUACUGAAACCCAGGUAACAUCCUAGUAAAUCGUCUCUGCACUCUCUCUAAUUUAUUGAUAUCUUUCCUAUAAUUCGGUGACCAGAACUGUACACAAUAUUCUAAAUUUGGCCUUACCAAUGCCUUGUACAAUUUCAACAUUACAUCCCAACUUCUGUACUCAAUGCUCUGAUUUAUAAAGGCCAGCAUUCCAAAAGCCUUCUUCACCACCCUAUCUACAUGAGACUCCACCUUCAGGGAACUAUGCACUGUUAUUCCUAGAUCUCUCUGUUCCAUUGCAUUCCUCAAUGCCCUACCAUUUACCCUCUAUGUUCUAUUUGGAUUAUUCCUGCCAAAAUGUAGAACCUUACACUUCUCAGCAUUAAACUCCAACUGCCAACGUUCAGCCCAUUCUUCUAACCAGCAUAAAUCUCCCUGCAAGCUUUGAAAACCCACCUCAUCAUCCACAACACCUCCUACCUUAGUAUCAUCAGCAUACUUACUAAUCCAAUUUACCACCCUAUCAUCCAGAUCAUUUAUGUAUAUUACAAACAACAUUGGGCCCAAAACAGAUCCCUGAGGCACCCCGCUAGUCACCGGCCUCCAUCCUGAUAAACAAUUAUCCACCACUACUCUCUGGCAUCUCCCAUCUAGCCACUGUUGAAUCCAUUUUAUUACUCCAGCAUUAAUACCUAACGACUGAACCUUCUUAACUAACCUUCCAUGUGGAACUUUGUCAAAGGCUUUGCUGAAGUCCAUAUAGACUACAUCCACUGCCUUACCCUCGUCAACAUUCCUCGUAACUUCUUCAAAAAAUUCAAUAAGGUUUGUCAAACAUGACCUUCCACGCACAAAUCCAUGCUGGCUACUCCUAAUCAGAUCCUGUCUAUCCAGAUAAUUAUAAAUACUAUCUCUAAGAAUACCUUCCAUUAAUUUACCCACCACUAAUGUCAAACUGAUAGGUCUAUAAUUGCUAGGCUUACUUCUAGAACCCUUUUUAAACAAUGGAACCACAUGAGCAAUACGCCAAUCCUCCUGCACAAUCCCCGUUUCUAAUGACAUCUAAAAGAUCUCCGUCAGAGCUCCUACUAUCUCUACACAAACUUCCCUCAAGGUCCUGGGGAAUAUCCUGUCAGGACCCGGAGAUUUAUCCACUUUUAAAUUUCUUAAAAGCACCAAUACUUCCACCUCUUUAAUUGUCAUAGGUUCCAUAACUUCCUUACUUGUUUCCCAUACCUUACACAAUUCAAUAUCCUUCUUCUUAGUGAAUACCGAAGAGAAGAAAUCGUUCAAAAUCUCUCCCAUCUCCCUUGGCUCCACACAUAGUUGACCACCCUGAUUCUCUAAGGGACCAAUUUUAUCCCUCACUAUCCUCUUGCUUUUAAUAUAACUGUAGGAACCUUUUGGAUUUAUUUUCACCUUAUUUGCCAAACCAACCACGUAUCUUCUUUUAGAUUUUCUAAUCUCUUUCUUAAGAUUCCUUUUACAUUCUUUAUAUUCCUCGAGCAAUUCCUUUACUCCAUGCUGCCUAUAUAGAUAUAUGUAGACAUCCCUCUUUUUCCGAACCAAGUUUCUAAUAUCCCUUGAAAACCAUGGUGCUUUCAAACCUUUAACCUUUCCUUUGAACCUAACAGGAACAUAAAGAUUCUGUACCCUCAUAAUUUCACCCUUGUGACCUCCAUUUCUCUAUUACAUCCUUCCCAUAAAACAACUUGACCCAAUCCACUCUCUCUGAAUCCCUUCGCAUCUCCUCAAAGUUAGCCUUUCUCCAAUCAAAAAUCUCAACUCUAGGUCCAGUCCUGUCCUUCUCCAUAAUUAUAUUGAAGCUAAUGCUAUUGUGAUCACUGGACCCGAAGUGCUCCCCAACACAUACAUCUGUCAGCUGACCUAUCGCAUUCCCUAACAGGAGAUCCAACCCUUCCCCAUCUCUAGUCGGUACUUCUAUGUAUUGUUGCAAAAAACUAUCCUGCACACAUUUCACAAACUAAACCAUCCAGCCCUUUUACAGAAUGAGCUUCCCAAUCUAAGUGUGGAAAAUUAAAAUCUCCCACAAUCACCACCUUGUGUUUACUACAAAUAUCUGCUAUCUCCUUACACAUUUGCUCUUCCAACUCACGCACCCCAUUAGGUGGCCUAUAAUACACUCCUAUCAGUGUUACUACACCUUUCCCAUUCCUCAAUUCCACCCAAAUAGUCUCCCUAGAGGAGCUCUCUAAUCUAUCCUUCCAAAGCACCACCAUAAGAUUUUCUCGGACAAGCAAUGCAACACCUCCUCCUCUGGCCCCUCCUACUCUAUCACACCUGAAGCAACUAAAUCCAGGAAUAUUUAGUUGCCAAUCACACCCUUCCUGCAACCAUGUUUCACUAAUAGCUACAACAUCGUAAUUCCAGGUAUCAAUCCACGCUUUAAGCUCAUCCACCUUUCUUACAAUGCUCCUAGCAUUAAAAUAGAUACAUUUAAGAUACUUUCCACCUCCUCCUCUCUUUUCAUCCCUAACAAUGCAUUCAAAUUUAUUAUCCUUUUCUUUCUUCUCCCCUACAUCUUCGGGCUGAGCGCAUCCCUUCUCCAUCACCUGCCUUUCCUCCCUCACACACUGUCUACUUACUUGCAUCUCCUCCAGGAAUUCAGAUAAUCAGUGCAGAAACUGGACACUGGAUCAACUGUUUCCACCUUCUGUCAUUCAGGGCUGCCUAAUCUCCAGGAUGCUACAAAAUGUUGCCACAAGUGAUGGUUCUGGUUAACCCUUCCCUGGAAACUCAAAACUUACUUGGAUAAGGAAGUGGAAAGGUGGGUUAACAUGUUUGUAGACAACAUGAAGGUUGGUGGUGUGGAUAAUAUAGAAGGAUUGUUGAGGAUUACAAUGGGACAUUAAUAGGAUACAGAGCUCAGCAGAGAAGAGGCAGAAAAGCAGAAUUCAACCCAGAAAAGUGUGAAGUAAUUCAUUUUGGAAAUUCAAAUUUAAAAGCAGAAUACAGGGUUAAUGGCAAAAUUCUUAGCGGUGUGGAGAAACAGAGGGAUUUUGGGUACCACAUUCAUACAUCCCUCAAAGUUGCUAUGCAAAUAGACACGAUUGUUAAGUCAUAGGAUCUAUUGCCCUUUAGUUGUGGAAUUGAUUUCAAGAUCCACAAGGCAGCUCUAUAAGACCUUGGUUAGACCACAUUUGGAGUAUUGUGUUCAGUUCUGGUCAUUAUAGGAAGAAUAUCGAAGCUUUAGAGAGGGUGCGGAGGAGAUUUACCAGUAGGCUGCCUGGAUUAGAGAGCAUUGCUUAUGAGGAUAGGUUAAGCAUGCCAGGGCUCUUUCUCUUUGGGACAAAGGAGGAUGAGAGGUGACUUGAUAGAGGUGUACAAGAUGAAAAGACUCAGAUUGAGUAGAUGGCCAGAGACUUUUUGCGAGGCUGGACAUGGCAGUUAUGAAGGGGCAUAUUUUUGUGAUUAGAGGAAGGUAUAGCAGAGAAGUUAGAGAUACAUUUUUUUUCACAGAGAGUGGCGGUACAUGGAAUGUGCUGCCAAGGGUGGUGGUAGAGGCAGAUACAUUAUGGAUGUAAAAGACUCUUAGAUAGUCCCCUGUUUUCCUAUUAUCCAUGUGUCUAUGUGGGAGGGGAGGGUUGGUUUGAUCUUAGAGUAGGUUAAAGCAUUGACCCAACAUCAUGGGCUGAAAGGCCUGUACAUUUUUUUUACACAGAGAAUGGUGGGUGCCUGGAAUGUACUGCAGAAACAGUGGUAGUCCCUAACAGUGGCAGAUACAUUAGGGGCAUUUAAGAGACUCUUGAGAAACUGCAAUGUUCUGUGUUCUGUGCUUUGCAAUAUACGUACCAUCCAACUGUUAUCAUGUAAAGUGCAGACUCUGCCAAGAAAGAGGCCAGGCUUCCAGGUCAAAUUAAAGUGAAGGUUAAUCAAGGGCAUCCUUGGCAGAUCUUAGCAAGAAGCCGAACUCUCAGGAUUGGGACUAGGGCUGAUCAUUGGGGAUGGAAUGUCUGUCAGAUUAAGAUAUGACAGUCAUUCCAUCUAAGUAGUUAAUUAAACCUCUGAUCCCAAGAGCUCUCUAAAUCCCUCUCAUCCUUAGUGUUAAUUGGUUAUCCCAGUGCAUUUUCAUGUUUCUAAAAAACUCAGUGUCUUAAAGUCAGAGUUAUACAGUACAGAAAUAUAUUAUGGCCCAUGCUAAGUAGCCUACCUGAACUAUUCCCAUUUACCUGUGUUUGGCUCAUUUCCCUCUCAGCCCAGAGUUCGCUUGGUUCGCAGAUCCCUUGCUUAAUUGUAUUGGUCCAUGGCAUAAUAAAGUUGGGAACCCCUGCUCUUGGCCUUUCCCACCAAUAUACCUGUCCAAGUGUCUUUCUAAAGUUGUAACUGAACCUGCCUAUACCAGUUCCUCUGGCUGCUGGUUCUGUGUACCCACCAUCCUCUUUGUGGAAAAACUUUCACCUCAGGUCCUCUUCAGUUUUCUUCCCUCUCACCUUAAAUCUAUGCCCUCAGGUUUUGAAGUCGCCUACCCUGGAAUAAAGGACUCUGAUCAUUCACUUUAUCUAUUUCGCUCAUUAUUUUAUAAACAUUGAUAAGAUUACACCUCAGCCUCUUUUGCUCCCCUGGCACUCUUCUUUGCAAGUGGACGAGCUGUUACACCUGAGGCAACAUUUCACCUGCGAAUCCAUAGGGGUCAUCUACUCUAUCUGGUGCUUCCAAUGCAACCUCUUCUACAUUGGUGAGGCCCGACAUAGAUCCAGGGAUCAUUUUGUUGAUCACAUUAGCUCCAUCUGCAAAGAAGGAUUUCCUGGUGGCCAUCCAUUUUACUUCCAGUCCUCAUUCCUGUUCCAACAUGCCGGUCAAUCGCCUUUUCUUCCAUGAUGAAGCUACUUAGGUUGGAGGAGCGACUCCUUAUAUUCCAUCUAAGUAGCCUCCAAUGUGAAGGCAUAAUCAUUGCAUUUUCCAACUUCCAGUAAUUUUUGCCCUCCCCUUCCCUUCUUUGUCAAUUUGCAAUUCUGGCCCCCUCUUACCUUUUCUCACCUGCUUAUCACCUCCCACUGGUCCCCCUCCUCCUUCCCUUUCUCCCAUGGUCCUCACUCCUUUCAGAGUCCUCCUCCAACCCUUUACCUUUUACAUCUAACACCUCCCAGCUUCUUAUUUCUUCCCCCCACCUCAUCCACUUGGCUUCACCUAUCAACUUCCUUCCCAUCCUCCCACCUUCUUAUUCUGACCUCUUCCCCCUAUCUUUCCAGUCCUGAUGGAAGCUCUCAGCCUGAAAUGUUGACUGCUUAUUUAUUUCCAAAGAUGCUGCCUAAGCUGCUGAGUUACUCCAGCAUUUUGUGUGUGGAGAGAUUAAUUGGGCCAUUGACUAAUCAGGACAGCUGUUAUUUGGGACUACUCUUAAAGAACAAAAACUGAUCAAGAAAAUCACCAGGAUUCCCUGCAUUUAUUUGAGAGAUUAUGCCAAUUAAUUGAGACAGGAGGCAUACUGAAUAGGUUCCAACAAGCAUCAGUUGUGUGUGCUUGUGUUCAGAAAGCAGUGAUUUUUGUUACUAAAAAGACAAUUCAGAGCUGUUUAGGUAACGCAGUUUCAAGCAUUCAGGUGUGGACAUGCUGGAAAUAGGAGUGAAAAUGAAAUGAUUUCACUACUUCCACUCAUCACUGAACUAUGAUGAAUUUGAAGGUAUUGACAAUUAUCUUGAAAGCUAAAAUGAAGAUGUAGAGGACGCAAUCGUCAACAGAACUGUAUGGAGGCAGUCCAUUAUCUGCACUAGAUGUCUGUGUUGAUUUUGUUCAUUUACAGUCAAUCAAAAGAACAGCGCAGCACACACUCUGUUGGUAACUAUUAGAAACGAAUACACAGUUUUAUAAUACUAUAUUUCUAUUAGUAGUGUUCCAAUUUGUUCUGUAUCUCAUUUAAAUACAUAAUUUCUUACUCAGUUUGUCUUUUUAUACCUUUUUAACUAUUUUCAUGAAAUUUCAACUAAUUGGGGAAGCCUCUUAAUUAGGCCAAAAUGUACUGGGCCCAAUGUAUCACAAUUAAAAUGAAUCCACUUAUUUAUUUUUUGCUGGUAAUACGGACCUGGACAGGAAUGAGGAAAUACUUUCAUUUCUCUAAAUUUAUAGAAAUCAAGUUCAGCAACUGAAAAUAGGGUGAAAAUUAUUGAAUUUUUUUUUCCUGAUUUAAGCAUGGAUUACAGUAUGGAACAAAAGAGACUUCUGAUGGAACUUUGCAUUCUGAACAUUGCUUCCAUGUCCUUUUACACUACUCAGAUCCAGGAUCAAUCCCCACAGACUGGGAUUCACACAAGACUUUGGUCGCAUGUACACUUAUUGUCAGCAGACACUAUCUGGUCUAUGUGCCUCACCCUGUCCAUAGCAUGGCAUCCUGAACUGCCUUCCCACUUAAUUCCUUUAACACUAAUGUAACCAAAUCAGAAAAGAAAAAGGCUCAGUCUUUAAUCUCUGCACAGAUGAGAUUCUCUUGAAAAAAAACCUCAUCAUUUUGGAGUGAUGUUUGGGUAGUAAAAAUCUUUAUCACUUCUGUAGUUCUGUUAAAAUUCCCAAGCCAAAAUUUAUAAUUUAAAAAUAGUUUUUUUUGUUUUUAUUAUGUGUGUGUAUUAAGAGAUGGAAUCACAAAGCAGUAAAUGUGAAGUUCUGAUACAAAUCAGUAAUGAUAUGGUGUAAACUUAUAGAACUGUUCAGCAAAGCCCAAAACACUUCACUGCCAACAAAGCACUCUAGAAGUGUAGUACUGUUCUAGUUCAGAAAACACAAGUAUUACAUCCGUAGCAAAGUCUACAAACAGAAAUAUGAAAUCUUAAACUAUCUUGUAUUACUUUAUGGAUAAUUUUUAAGUGCAGAAAGGCCCCAAAACCUCAAAAUAUUUUGUUGGGAUGUUUCACAUCUGCUUGAGACAGCAGAAAGGGUCUUGGUUUACUGCCUCAUUUAAAAGACAGCCCCUCCAGUAAUGCCGCAUUCUCUCUACUUUUGGGGUGGCUUUUUGCGCCCAAGACUGCAGUGGGGCUUGAUCUACAACUUUCUGACCCAGAUGCUGCAGUGUGACCCAUGCCUUGCCCAUCUAAUGGAUUGAUGGGACAGAUUUACAAAGGGAGGCCAGUCGGUCAGUGCACUUAAAUGUGGCGUAGGAUGGGGAAGUUCAUCCUCUGAGAGAAGAAAUUAUAGGCCUGUCCCUCUGCCAAGGAUGCAGCUAUGUCCUGCUUGCUGGAGGACUGUUCGAUGCUGUGGGGCUAGAGUGCAUCCUAGACAAGGAUGGUAGUGCUUUAAUUUGAGAACCAUGUAAGUAUUCUGUUGAAGACUUUGUAAAUGUGUAUACUUUUUAAAAGCAAAGACACAGGUGCUGAAGAGGUUUCAAAGGUACAUUUAAUGCCAGAGAAAUGUAUACAAUAUACAUCCUGAAAUUUGUUUUCUUCGCAACCAUCCACAAAAACAGAGGAGUGCCCCAAAUAAUGAAUGACAGUUAAAUGUCAGAACCCCAAAGCCUCCCCCCAUGCGUGAGCAGCAGCAAAGCAAUGACCCCCUCCCCCACCAGCAAUAAAACCAUUCGUGACCCUUCGUGAGUCCUGACGAAGAGUCUCGGCCCGAAAUGUCGACAACGCUUCUCCCUAUAGAUGCUGCCUGGCCUGCUGCGUUCCACCAGCAUUUUGUGUGUGUUGCUACAAUCACCAAGUGCAGUGCUCAGGGAGUAUUGCACUUCUCAGAUACAGCAAAACAUCACUCUGAUGAGAUCUUAAACCAACUCUUCUCCAUUAAGGAUAUGAAAUCAGACUGAGGAAAAAACAUACAUCCAAUGGUAUUGGUUGCAUUUGAGCUCCAGGUGAAAUUGAAUGCUCUCUCCAGUGAAAUCCUAGGUGCUCUGAUUCCCUUUGUAUCUAAAACUCUGCAGAUCCCACCCCUGAAUAUAAUCAGCAGCUGAACGCCCAGAAAAUGAAGAAAUUCCUCUUCACCCCUGUCCCAUGGAGCCACCCCUUUACCCAGGCAAAGUUGCAGCUCCUUCUGCCCCUUUCCUUUCCAGUCCUGGUGAAGGGUCUCGGCUCGAAACAUCCACUAUUUCCCUACAUCGAUACGGGCUGAUUCUCUGUACACACAGCUCAGCACAUCAUGGAAACCAGGCUCAUCACCAUGAACUCUGUCUACACUUCUCACUCCUUCAGUAGUCCACAUAAUCAUGGACCCCACCAACCACAGACAUUCUCUCUUCUCCCCUCUCUCAUCAGAUACAAAAGCCUGAAAACACAUGCUCAAGGACUGCUUCUAUGCUGCACAUAGACUAUUAAAUACUUUCCUAGCACACUAAGAUGGAUUCAAAAUCAGAAUCAUGUUUCACUGGCUUAUGUCGUGAACCGUUUUACUGUUUGGUGGCAGCAGUACAUUGCAAUACAUAAUAACUAUAAAUUACAAAAACAAUAUAUAUAAAAUUAAGCAAGUAAUGUAUCCAUCAUCUUGAGAUCCCUGCCACUCAGGCUAUACUCUCUUUUCGAUGCUGCCAUCAGGUAGAAGGUACAAGAGCCUCAGGACUUGCACCACCAGGUUCAGGAAGUUACUACCUCUCAACCAUCAGACUCUUGAAUAAAAGGGGAUAACUACACUCACUUGCCCCAUCACUGAGAUGUUCCCACGAUCAAUUAUCUCAUUUUAAGGACUCAAUCUCAAUAGCUGAUGCUUUCGUUAUUUAUUACUAUUCAUUUUAUUUGCAUUUGCAGUUUGUUGUUUUCAGCAUUCUGAUUGGCCUUUCAUUGAUCCUGUUAUAGAUACUAUUCUAUAGAUUUGCUGAGUAUGCCCGCAGGAAGAUGAAUCUCAGGGUUGUAUAUGGUGACAUAUACGUACUUGGAUGAUAACAUUUACUUUUAACUUUUUAAUGCAAAAAGAUCAUUACGAUCUUGCACUUUCUUUGUAGCUGUUACAUUUUAUUCUGCAGUUGCGUACCUUGUUCUACCCCCAAUGCACUGUUUAUUGACUUAAUCUGUAUGAAGCUUUUGACUGUAUCUCAAUACACGUGACAAUAAAAAAUCAAUUCAAAUUCAAUUUCCUCCAGCGUUUAGGGUGCUUCUCUCUCACACAACUGUGAAUAUUCUCCGCCUCCCUCUCCCUCGUCAAAUCGCAUAU